AUGCCUGCCCCCAUGGAGCCCACCCAGCAAGCCCCCAUGGCUGCCGACAACGGUGCCAUUGUCUCCCAGCAGCCCGCUGCUGAGCCUCAGCCUGACAUGUCCAUGCGAGGUGGUGAGGAGGCUGGCUGCGAGAUCUGCUGCGGUCUCUGCGCCUGCGAGGAGGGCUGCUGCUAA